GCAUUUCUUAUUCUAAUCUUUCUUGUAUUACGUAAAUUCUUACCAUGUCCGCUGCCGACUUCGAAGCCGCCGCGGCAUAUGUUCAAUCCUUGCCAAAGGAUGGGCCCAUUCAGUUGGACGACGAUACCAAAUUGAAGUUUUACGCCUUUUAUAAACAGGCCACUGAGGGAAACGCGGAUGGCUCGCAGCCGUGGGCAGUUCAGGUGAAGGCGCGCGCAAAGUGGGAUGCCUGGAAUGCGAUUAAAGACAUGAGCGCAGAGGAGGCCAAGGUUGCGUAUGUUUCUCUUCUCAUUGAAGUCUCGAAGGCCAAAGGCCACCCAUGGACCCCGUAAAAAACCUAAGAAGGUCCCAACGCAUGUAUUUUUCGAGUGCUAAGCAAUCCACACUAUGAAUUAUUGAAAGUUUUUUUUUUGGGAGAAUGAGCAAAAUAGUGUUCGUAUAUCGAAUAAACUAAAAAAAUAUAUAUAUAUAGUACUCAUGGACAAGUUUCAAGUUUCGCAAUCCCCUCAUAUGAAAAAUUGUUAUGCCAAUAUUUUAUUUUUAUUUUGGAGAAGUAUUGCUUUCCUAUACAGUAACAGUGGUAGCUGAUUACUUAGUA